CUUCGCCCGCGCAGCUUCCACCCUUUGAAAUUCAACUUUAUCGUCACACUUCCUUUUUAUUAUUCUUCUUUUUUUUUCUCAUUAAUCCCCAAGUUUUCAAUUAUUGAAAUUUGAGAAUCAAAAAUAAUAAUAACUCUGUGAAUGAUAUUUCUGCUGAGCCUUUUCUCAUUGAAAUUUUAUUCGUUUGAUGCUGAUUGAAAAUCAACAAUGCAGGGUCUCGCAGUAUUCAUCAAAAUUGUCCUAAUAACGAGAGUUUGCCAUGCCAUCCAGAGUUUUGACGAAACACCACAGUAUACAGAGGUGAAUCCAGGACAAGAUGCUAAGCUCAUUUGUCGCGUCAUUGGUAAACGUGGCACUUGCAUAUGGCAGAAGGAUCAAAAGCCAAUUGGAAUGCACCUCCAGAAGUACGAGUGGGUCGGUUCACCGGAUGUUGGCGACUGUUCCCUGUGGGUGAGAGCAGCAACUCUGGAGUUCGAUGACGGUCUUUGGCAGUGUCAAGUAACAGCUGGUGAUUUCACAACUCAGGAUGCUUUAGCCUCAGAGCCAGCGAGACUCGUUGUACGAGUGAGCCCUCAGCGUCCACAGAUAGAGUAUGGCGGUGCAGUAAUUCUAACCGGUGGAAAUGUGACAGCCCGAGCAGGUGAGAUUGCAACGCUCACUUGUACGGCCCGAUAUGGCAAUCCUCCACCUCUAAUUAAAUGGUAUUUGAGCCAUACUGAACUGAGGCCACAGGGAUCCCAAAUGAAUGCAACGGAGAUUGAUAAUCCACGUACGUGGUCGACGAAGAGUGUUUGCAAUAUUGAAGCUGAUAGAUCUAGGUAUGGACAGAUGGUAAGAUGUGAAGCUAUUCAUCCUGCCUAUCCUACGACAUCUUCGAGCAUUGAUGUUCGAUUUGAUGUCCGAUAUGCACCGGAAACACGAUUAGUUGGAGUUCCGCCUGGACAAUUGGAAGAGGGCCGCGAUAAACUUGAAAUCCGAUGUAUAGCUAAUGCUAAUCCAACCGCGUCCAUUCUCUGGAAACGUGCUCGAGGAGGAGACAUGGAGGUUGUAACCAUCGGCGAAACACUCAUGUAUUCACCGAUUCAUAGAAAUCAUGCAGCGACUUAUGUUUGUGAAGCAUCAAAUACCGAGGGCGAGAGCAGCCCUCUUUCUAUCCAAAUAUCCGUCAAUUUUCCACCAAAAAUUGAUUCAGUUGGUCCAGAUAGAUUAUCAACGGCGCUCUUAUACUCCGGUGCAUCAUUCGAAUGUCAUGCAGAUGCUAUGCCAUCUGCUGAGUACCGAUGGGAACAAGUAUUUACAGAUGGCCGUCCGCCAGCUGAGUGCGGCCGCGGCCAGCGUCUUAUCCUGACAAAUGUAACAUACGAGCAACAGGGUCAAUACAUAUGCCUAGCAUCAAAUACGAUAAACGGAAAAGUUCGUGAGGUGAAAAGCUCACCGGUAUCUCUGGAGGUGGUCGGUGCCCCAAGGGUGGUGAAGCCGCUAAGCAAUGAGAAAUACGUCGUCUCGACGACGGAAGGUAGUGCUGCCCGAUUGGAAAUCAGAUUGUGCUCUAAUCCAAAGCCUCGUCUUGUUGCUUGGGAAUGGGGUAGUACGCGGCUUCACGCUGGCGAAGUUCUCGAAUCGAGAUACCGCGCCCUGGAUCUCGAUCCACUGCCAAUGGAGGACUGCUUUUUGGCAGUACUUGAGUUAACCACUACAGUAAGAGAAGACCAACGUGUGUAUUACGUCAUUGUGGAAAAUGAUCGAGGAAGUGACAGGCGUGCCCUGAUGCUGCGCGUCAAUGAGCCGGGUCAGAUUCCCCUAGUCAUUGGCGCCGUAGCUGGUUUUACCGUUCUCUCAGUCUUGGUAAUGGGUUUCAUCUGUUUUAUGCGAUCAGACAGAUGCUGCGUACCUAGAAACACGGGUCCAACUCUUCAGCAAGUCCAUUGUACAAAAGCAUCAAACGCAAUGAUAGAGGAUCCAAGACUAACAGUGGAACCGAUGGAUCGUACAUCUCAGCAGUUUGCUUCUGAGAAGCGCCAGAACCACGUAUUGAAACCCGUCCCAACUCAGCAAUACCAACAAGACUGUUAUCAGCUCAGUAGACAUGAGCCGUCGCAUGAGUCACACUACCAGAGGCAUCUUCACCACAGUCAGGGUCUUCAUGGGCCUCAGUAUACUCUCCAGCGUGGAACUGGCCUCAAGACCGAAAGACUCAAUGAAACAAAUUCAAUCCGCAACGUUUCGCGACCUCGUUACAGGACCUAAGACUUUAAACAGUUCAACAACUUCAGUCGCUGUUACUGAAACCACAUAGUAUUAUUAAUGGAAUCGCUCAGCCGAGCCAGUGACGCUCUUCCAGAUGUGUAACUAAAUCAAAAUGACAUUAUUAUUGUUAAUGAUAGUCUUAUGCAAAAGUGAAAACUGAGAGAAAGAUGAUGAUUUAUUAACGAAAACACGUUCACUAUUCCCAAGCGUCAACUUCCCGAGAGAUUUCAUUCAUUUGUAUUAUAUUAUUGAAUUUUCUCAAGAGUGAAGUGUUAUUAAUUAAUAACUCUUAAAAUUUAGUGACACUGUGUAUUAUUGCGUCAUUCCAUUCGAGGUGAUUUUUCUACUCGAAUCUAUUUCACCCCCAUGGAUAUAAAUAUAUAAUGAGAAUCGAGUUCAAAUACAUAUGCUAUGUAUGGUAUAUACCUCCAUAUACCAUAUUGCAAUGUACUUAUCAUACUCAUGCAUGUUUAUCUAUGAAUAUCAUAUGUAUACAAUCUAUACAAUCUUUCAUAUAUAAUUCACAUAUUAUCAUGAGCCAACCGACCAUAUUUGCACAUAUGUUGGAGUUUAUAUGCCAUAUUAUAGCAUAAAUUGGAAAGAACUCAGAUAUUCAUAUCUACACCUAUAUUCUUCCGUGGGAGAACUGAACCUUCAUUCAUUGUUGUAAAUUAAGAUUCUCUCUGAGGCUUCCAUAGAGCCGUAUGAUUGUGUUCAAAAGGAAUUUAUAUCUGCCAUUCCAAAUCUAUUUAUAUAGACGAUAAACUAAUUACCUAUACGUACUGCAAACUUCAAUUAUCGGAGGCGUGAACCUACGUGACUGAACAUUCUGCCCAAUUAAAUUAAUAAGAAUAUCCUAUUCACGUAUUUUCCGUUCCCCCUUUUCAAUAAAUUUAUAUUUAUAUUCCUUUCGAAAGCUACCUCACAGAACUUUAUUUCAUCUCAAUAAUCUCAAUCUGAAGAGGAAUUCUUUAGGGAAAUUUCUAAAGUAAAAAAAAAUGAACGACAAGUGUGCAUCGAAAUGCUCUCCAGCUAAUCGUUAAAAAAGAAAAAAAUAAAACUUAAUUGUACAUUAUGAUAUUAAAAUGAUCACCAUCCUGAA